AUGGACGUAGCGGCGCUCACAGCGCUCCUCUCUCAGUCCACCGACCGCCUCUCCUCGCUCCACGCCGAGAUCGGACAUCCGCCCAACGCGCUUCAGGAUGCUCUCGAGCUGCUUCACCAGGCGCUCAAGGGCGCAGUCGAUGGCCAGAUCGCAAAGGUGGAAGGCGAGGCCCAAGGCCUCAAGGCCGAGUGCGACGCGAUCCACGACGACAUAGCCCACCUGCGUUCGGCGCUGGGCGACAACAGCGCGACGCAGCCCAACAACACAGCAGCAGGCAGGCGCAUCUUCUCGAACGCAUCGUCGUCCUCGUCGAGCUCGAGCUACAGCUCGUGUGGCCUGACGCUGGACGCAGCGGAGCUGGCAAAAUUGCCACUGCUCCAACGCAAGAGCCAGCUCUCCUCGGAUCGGCAGAGAAUCAAGGCGCUCUACACGUCCAAGGAGGCGCAUGUCGAGCGCCUGUUGAACAAGCUCGAGACCUAUCGACCGCUGCUCGGCACCUACGUACGGACGCCACCGCGCGCGGCUCCACCGUCGUCCGGACCAGGCUCCCUGAGCGAGCUCAAGGACGUCUCUCAGUCGUGCAUCUCGGCCAUCGAGGCCGAGAUCAUUCGGUGCUCGAAGGAGGUCAACCAGAGGAUCGAGCGGCUUCGCAACAGCCUGCACGAAAUCACCCGCCUCUGGACCGAGCUGGUUCUCGAGCCCUGUCGUCCACUCGACCUCGGCGAUGAGGGCGUCUUCGGAGAUUCUCGCUCGCCAGACGAUCUCGACUGCGGCGGGGCUCCCGUCUCCUUUGAUCGCGCGGUCCUUGCGCAUCUCCAGCUGCGCCCGUUGUACAACGAUGCCGGGAUCUUCGAAGGCGAGUUUGCCUCGACGGAAGGCGAAGAGCAGGACGGCGCCGACGACGGCGACCGCACCGCGAGGGAUAUCGAGGUGCUCGAGAGCACGCCGACGCGCGCCUCGUUUGGCGGCCGCCCGGCCAAGCACAGCGGCGAGAUGGCCUUUCGCCUGCCCUCGCGGACCACCCCGUCCUCCGCAAAUGCCACGCUGGCGCUCCCAAACCACCAGAUGGACCCUUCGGAGGCCAACCUCGAUCUGGCUGCCCGAAGGGUCGGCUGGCUGGAGGCGGAAAAGCACAGAAGGGAGGCGUUGAUCCAGAACCUCUACGACGAGCUCGCAGAGCUGUGGGCCAAGUUCGAUGUGCCCGAAGAGGAGAUGGACGCUUUUGUCAUGGACCACCGCGGGAGCACGCUCGAUGUCAUCGCAUCGUACCAAUCCGAGCUCGACAAGAUGCGGGCGCUCAAGGCGCAGCACAUGUCGCUCUUCAUUCUCAAGACCCGCGAGAGGAUCGCGACGCUCUGGGAUGCCCUCUUCCUCACGCCCGAGGAGCGCGAGGCGUCCUUCCCGCCCUAUUUUAUCGACGUCAGCCCGGAGGGCGCGCCCGACCACGACGAGCCGUUGCCGACGGACGAGAUCCUGGCGUCCCACGAGCAGAUGAUCGACUAUCUCACCGAACAGGUGCGGACCAAGGCGCCCGUGCUCAAGGUCAUCGGCAAGUACAAGGAGCUGCUCGACGACGAGAGGCAGCUGGCCGAGAGCGCCGCGGAUGGCGCGCGGCUGCUGGGCCGAGGAAGCAGAGGUGACCCAGGAAGGUUGCUGAGGGAGGAAAAGAUGCGGAAGCGGGUCAAGGUCCAGAAACCGAGGAUGGAGUCCGAGCUGCAGAAAGUCAUCCCAGCCUGGGAGCAGGAGCAUGGCGAGCCCUUCACGAUCAACGGCGUGCGAUACCUCGACGAGCUGCUGGACCAGAUCGAGGGGUCAAAGGAGAAUCAGAACCGCAAGAGACCGCGGCCGGGAACCGCGUCGGGCCCCACGCCGCAGACGAGGGCUCAAAGUGCGCUGGGUCGCACGCCCGCGAUAGGCUCUGGCCGCGGCAGUGUGGCCCAGACUCCGCUGCGGCCCAUCACGCCGAGCCUGUCGACGGCGACGACGACCAAGAAGGCCAGGGUUGGACCGGCUGCCUCGACGGGCUUGGCCACCAAGACGCCCAGGGUUGGACCGGCUGCCUCGACGGGCUUGGCCACCAAGACGCCCAGGACCACGGCAGGGCCCCCGUCGCGGGUGACGUCGAUGAGGCAAGCAUCAUCGGCAGUCAGGCAGCCGAGCACCGUCGGUCGCCCGGGGACGUCGAUGUCGUCGUACCGCAACUUCAGCAACCAGUCGUCCCACGCCGCCACCAGCCCGUCGCGCAUCCCGAUGCCCUCAUCGCCGCCAAAGACGUCGACGCGCAACUUUGCGUCGCAGUCGACCGAUAGCGGGUACGGAUCCCGCAACGUCACCGGCAGCUCGAUGCAGCCAAAGAAGGUGCCCGUGCAGGUUCCGCGAGAGAGCUUCCGUCCGCGCCCCUCUGGAAACCUCAGGGCGCACCUGGCCACCGCAGCGGCAAAAGGAGCCGACGGCGCAGCACCCGCCGCGGCAUACGCGCAAGCUGUGCCUGUGAUGUCGCCGGGCCGUAUCAGCAAGUGGGGCGAGAUGGGCCCGCCGCGGUGGCCGGUUGCGCAGGCCGCAGCGGGCGAGGAGAUGGACACCGCCGGUCGCAUCCCGUCGAGCAUCUCGGUCGCCACAUCGGUGCACAGCGAUGCGACGACGCUGAUCCACCCUCGGCCGAACGCGGCUGCGCCCGUCGAGGAGGCGGUGCGGCGCGAGCCAGGGAAAAAGUACCGGCGUGCGCCGUCGAUGUCGCUCGAGACGUGCCUGGCCAACCUGGCAGCGUCGUCGUCUGCGUCGGCAUCGAAGCGACGCCUCGGCGAUGGCAUGGUCGACGACGGCAUCUGCUCGAUCCGGUCCAUCUCGUCUUCCAACUCGAUCGCAGAGCUCGCCGAGGACGGCAGCGGGCCGGCCGAGGGCGAGCGCAUUUCUCGGAUCCACGGCUGGAAGGAUGGACUGCGCUUCGCCGGCGCGGUUCCCGAGGCCGACACCGAGACCGAGACCGAGGACGAGCCGAGCGAGACUGAACAGCAGCAGCAGCUUCAGCAGCAGCGGCAAGAGGCGCUACCGCGAUCGGGCAGCAACAACUGGUCGGUCGUCGAUGAGGACGAGGAUCUGUCCCGGUGCAACUUUGCCGGCAGCGCCACGGCGGCCGUCUAG